CCCUGCCAAAGUGGGGAACAGCUACCCUCAUUGUACGCCUCGCCCUGCCGGCGGCGCCCUCCCCCCGCCUCCGUUCGGUCUGAAAGUGUGAAAAUUACAAAUCCCAAGAAACUGCAAUCAGAACUCUACCUAGGGAAAAUUCAGAGUAUCCUUGCCAUAAAUAUCCCGCUCCAAGACGCCUGACGUCAGAGCGGGGCGGGCGGACGGGCGCGAGGCCGGGCCUGGAGGGGCGGCAGCCGCGGCUUCCCGGGAACAGCGCGGAGCACGCAGGAGAGAGCGGAGCGCAGGCGGCGGCGCCGGACCUCGGGCUGCGGGAGCCGGGCGCCCUGGGGUCCUCGGAAUCACAAUGAGGACCUAGGGCAUCUGCCUGCUGACGCCCCUUGGCCUGCAGUGACCAUGGCCCCCCGCAAGAGGAGCCGCCAUGGCCUGGGCUUCCUGUGCUGCUUCGGGGGCAGUGACAUCCCAGAAAUCAACCUCCGGGACAAUCACCCUCUGCAGUUCAUGGAGUUCUCCAGCCCCAUCCCAAACGCAGAGGAGCUCAACAUCCGCUUUGCAGAGCUGGUGGAUGAAUUGGAUCUCACUGACAAAAACCGAGAGGCUAUGUUUGCACUGCCCCCUGAGAAGAAAUGGCAGAUCUACUGCAGCAAGAAGAAGGAGCAGGAGGACCCCAACAAGCUGGCGACCAGCUGGCCUGACUAUUACAUCGACCGUAUCAACUCCAUGGCUGCGAUGCAGAGUCUGUACGCGUUUGAUGAGGAGGAGACGGAGAUGAGGAACCAAGUUGUGGAAGACCUGAAGACGGCCCUCCGGACACAGCCUAUGAGGUUUGUGACCCGCUUCAUUGAGCUGGAGGGCUUGACCUGUCUGCUAAAUUUCCUCCGGAGCAUGGACCACGCCACCUGUGAGAGCCGCAUCCACACCUCACUCAUUGGCUGCAUCAAAGCAUUGAUGAACAACUCCCAGGGGCGGGCACAUGUGCUGGCACAGCCUGAGGCCAUUAGCACCAUAGCCCAGAGCCUACGCACAGAGAACAGCAAGACCAAGGUGGCUGUGCUGGAGAUCCUGGGUGCUGUGUGCCUCGUGCCUGGCGGCCACAAGAAGGUGCUGCAGGCCAUGCUGCACUACCAGGUGUACGCAGCAGAGCGAACCCGCUUCCAGACCCUGCUGAACGAGCUAGACCGAAGUCUGGGCCGGUACCGGGAUGAAGUGAAUCUGAAAACAGCCAUCAUGUCCUUCAUCAAUGCUGUCCUCAAUGCUGGAGCUGGAGAGGAUAAUCUGGAGUUCCGCCUACAUCUACGGUAUGAAUUCCUGAUGCUGGGGAUACAGCCUGUGAUUGACAAGCUCCGGCAACAUGAAAAUGCCAUCCUGGACAAACAUUUAGACUUCUUCGAGAUGGUGCGGAAUGAGGAUGACCUGGAGCUAGCCAGGAGGUUUGACAUGGUCCACAUCGACACCAAGAGUGCUUCCCAGAUGUUUGAGCUGAUCCACAAGAAGCUGAAGUACACAGAGGCCUACCCCUGCCUGCUCUCUGUGCUGCACCACUGCCUGCAGAUGCCCUACAAACGGAAUGGUGGCUACUUCCAGCAGUGGCAGCUCCUGGACCGCAUCCUCCAGCAGAUUGUCCUCCAGGAUGAGCGGGGUGUGGACCCUGACCUGGCUCCCUUGGAGAACUUCAACGUCAAGAACAUCGUCAACAUGCUCAUCAACGAGAAUGAAGUGAAACAGUGGCGAGACCAGGCAGAGAAGUUCCGGAAAGAACAUAUGGAGCUUGUGAGCCGUCUGGAGAGGAAGGAGCGGGAAUGCGAGACAAAGACAUUGGAGAAGGAAGAGAUGAUGCGGACACUGAACAAAAUGAAGGACAAGCUGGCCCGGGAGUCCCAGGAGCUGCGCCAGGCUCGGGGACAAGUGGCAGAGCUGGUAGCCCAGCUCAGUGAACUCUCAACAGGCCCUGUAUCUUCCCCACCACCCCCUGGGGGCCCACUCACCUUGUCUUCCUCAAUGACAACCAAUGACCUGCCUCCACCCCCUCCUCCUCUGCCCUUCGCCUGUUUUCCCCCUCCCCCACCACCACCCCUUCCUCCCGGGGGACCCCCGACUCCCCCAGGUGCCCCACCUUGCCUCGGCAUGGGCCUGCCCCUCCCUCAGGACCCCUACCCCAGCAGUGACGUCCCACUCAGGAAAAAGCGUGUCCCCCAGCCUUCUCACCCGCUGAAGUCCUUCAACUGGGUGAAGCUGAAUGAGGAGCGUGUCCCUGGCACCGUAUGGAAUGAGAUUGAUGACAUGCAGGUAUUUCGGAUUCUGGACCUAGAGGAUUUUGAAAAAAUGUUUUCAGCCUACCAGAGGCACCAGGAGCUGAUAACUAAUCCUUCUCAGCAGAAAGAGCUGGGCUCCACUGAGGACAUCUACCUGGCUUCCCGCAAGGUCAAAGAGCUGUCGGUCAUUGAUGGCCGGAGGGCCCAAAACUGCAUCAUCCUUCUUUCCAAGUUGAAGCUUUCUAACGAGGAGAUCCGGCAGGCCAUCUUGAAGAUGGAUGAGCAGGAGGACCUCGCUAAGGACAUGCUGGAGCAGCUCCUCAAGUUCAUCCCAGAGAAGAGUGACAUUGACCUCCUGGAGGAGCACAAGCAUGAAAUCGAGCGGAUGGCCCGUGCUGACCGCUUCCUCUAUGAAAUGAGCAGGAUCGACCACUACCAGCAGCGACUGCAAGCCCUCUUCUUCAAGAAGAAAUUCCAGGAGCGGCUGGCUGAGGCAAAGCCCAAAGUGGAAGCCAUCCUGUUGGCCUCCCGGGAGCUGGUCCGCAGCAAGCGUCUAAGACAGAUGCUAGAGGUCAUCCUGGCCAUAGGCAACUUCAUGAACAAAGGGCAGCGUGGGGGCGCCUACGGGUUCCGGGUGGCCAGCCUCAACAAGAUCGCUGACACCAAGUCCAGCAUCGACAGAAACAUCUCUCUGCUCCAUUACCUGAUCAUGAUCCUGGAGAAGCAUUUUCCUGAUAUUCUGAACAUGCCUUCAGAGCUGCAGCAUCUUCCAGAAGCUGCCAAAGUCAACCUAGCAGAGCUGGAGAAAGAGGUGGGCAACCUCAGGAGGGGCCUGAGAGCGGUGGAGGUGGAGCUGGAAUAUCAGAGGCGCCAGGUACGGGAGCCCAGUGACAAGUUUGUCCCCGUCAUGAGCGACUUCAUCACGGUGUCCAGCUUCAGCUUCUCCGAGCUGGAGGACCAGUUAAAUGAGGCCAGGGACAAGUUUGCCAAGGCCUUGAUGCACUUCGGGGAGCAUGACAGCAAGAUGCAGCCAGACGAAUUCUUUGGCAUCUUUGAUACCUUCUUGCAGGCCUUCUCAGAGGCCCGGCAGGAUCUAGAGGCCAUGAGGAGGAGGAAGGAGGAAGAGGAGCGGCGGGCGCGCAUGGAAGCCAUGCUGAAGGAGCAGAGGGAACGUGAGCGGUGGCAGCGGCAGCGGAAGGUCCUGGCUGCGGGCAGCUCACUGGAGGAGGGAGGCGAGUUUGAUGACCUGGUGUCAGCCCUGCGCUCUGGGGAGGUCUUCGACAAGGACUUAUGCAAGCUCAAGCGCAGCCGCAAGCGAUCAGGGAGCCAGGCCCUGGAAGUCACCCGGGAGCGGGCAAUAAACCGGCUAAAUUAUUGACCUGGGGAACUAGCCACACAGGAGGCCGGGAGACAGGGAUGGGUGAGAAUGGGGCUGAGUGGAGGAGGUGGUGAUAUUUAAACCAUUUGGUGCUUGGUUUAGAGCCCUGGGCUGGGUCCUGGGAUGGGGGGCUGUGUGUGGCUGGACCAGGUGUCUCCCCACGCUUACCUUAAGGGGCUCCUCUCAUCUCCCCUUCACACGAUUCCUUCUGUGCCCUGGCCCCAGGGAUUAUUCUGAGGCUGAGUUGGACAUCCCUGGAGGGCCUCAGGGGCCCUGCUCCCCAUCCCCUACCAUGGGCACCCAUGUGCUGGCACAGAACAGUUCCAGAUAUAGACUGGAGAGGUCCACAGCCUUGUCCAGAUUUCCUGUGUAGCACGGGGAGUAAUGAUGGAGGGAGCCCCUGAGAGGGAAUCUGGUGAGGGAAUCCAGACUCCCGUCUCUCAAGGGGAGACUCAACAGAACAUUGACCUGGGGGCAAACUUUCCUCUUGAAUGGAAACAGAGGAGGCAUUAUAUAUUCUAGGUAGAUCAGCUCUGGUAGGUUCCAGAAAAUAGUCAAUGUUGGAAGGAUGAUGCAGGGACCAAUGCCAUCAGGACAGAGUAGCAGUGUCUGUUUCCCAUGUCACAAGUCCUCUGGCCUCUCCCUGCAUGUCUUAAGUAUCUUUCCCUUCCUUCUCUACCGUCACCUCCAUCCUGUCUACUAAUCCACAGUCCUAGAAGACUCACCUUGGGUUUCCACAGCUAUGGCUCACUACCAGGUGCUUGAUGAAUCUGGCGAGGGGCUCAAGACAGACCUCAUUCAUCACCACACCUCAUGCCUUUUGGGCAUCUCCCAUGUCCCCAUCUCCUGGACACCUGGCCAUUGUUGUGAAGCCAGACAGUGACCUCAAAUGUUGCCUUGGAGUCCCCUAUAGCCCCUCAGCAGAGGGCAGCACUUGAAUGCUUAGCUCCAUCCCACAGCUCUCUACUUCAUAUAAAUCGCUCAGGCCCUCCCACCCCUUCUCUAACACUAGCCUCAAGGCAGAAGCCACAGCGGCCUCUGUCCAGCCUGCAGGUGGCCACUUGGAACCAUGUGUCCACUGGCAUUGGAGAGUUGGUUCCUGAGAGGUCUGAGGGCCAGAGCUGCCCUCCACAUUAACAUGCUGUCUCUAAGGGUGGCCCCUCCUCUCAGGCGUUCGGAUGGGGCAAACAGCAGAGCAGGCAAGGGAAACUGGGGAGAUGGGGAUGGAGGAGGAAGGCUGACAUCCUCUGGGGAGCACAUCACCUGAAGGUGCCAAGGAGGAAGGCUGAGAGGGGGGCCACCCCACUUCUGGUACCCAAUUUGGUUCUUCAGCCCGACUUGCGAGGGGCUCCUUCUGGUCCUCCCAUCCACUCCUACCUUCCAUUUUGUCCAUCUCAUGCUGGCCUUCGUGGAUGGGAUGGCUGUAUCUAGACAAAAUCUUUCUAAAACUCCAUCAAGGCUCUUAUUCAAUACCACACUCCGAGUUGGCCUUUCAUCCUCUUUGAGACUGGCCCAACCAGCUCUUGGCCCUUCUGCCCUUCCCCGUGUUUCUCACUUUCCAACCUAAUCCCCGGCUCAGGGUUAUUGCCAGUGGAGACCGGUGAGCUGGGCCUACUCUCAGCUGCCUAUCUUCUGCCUUUCACUUGCGUCCAACUUCUGGGGCUGGGGCUGUAGUAGCUGCAGGGGGAAGAAACACAGGGUUGGUGAGCCCAGCAUGUGCGUUGGUUUGAGGGGGCGGGCGGCGUGUGUGUUCUGGUGGGAGGGAUGUGAGCAAGUGCAAGCCUGACUGACACAGGUGUGAAGAGGCCAUCCUGGAACCCAGGUGAGGGCAAGAUGAAGGCUUCCAGGCAGAACGGCUGCAGAGAGUUUGGCUAUACCCAUCUGCAGCCCCAAGAGCUCCCACUGCAAGACAAGCAUUGGGGAAGAUGGGAGGUUGUGGGUGAGGCCUCUAAAGGUCCUCUCCCAAACUGACCAGGCUGAUGUCAACCUAACCCCCUCGGGCAGGGAACAGGGGAGGGCUCCACAAGCAUGUCUGGCAUUCCCACCCACCACGGAAGACUGGGUACGCACCUGGAAAGAAAAGGAAGCUGUUCAAGACACACUUGAUCUUCAGAAAAGCAGAAUUUGGUUCAACUCUUGACAGAGGACACAAAUACGUUGUUCCAGAGCCCAGCCUUCUCUAAAAGGUAUUUUUCUAUUUAUUUUCUAGAUCUGGCCAGUGGCUCUGGUGCUAGAUGCCACUGUAGCCAGAUCUCCAACAGUGCCUUGGACCACGGACUCAUACUCAACUGAGUAAGAAGGGGCUGGUGCCCAGUCGGGGUGGCUGAGCUGGUCCUUAAUAUGUUACAUGUUUUAGCCUCAAUGUUUCUUGGUCUUGCUUUUUUCAUGCCCUCCCCACCACUUCUGCCACCUUUAGAUAAGUUUCUCCAGCUAAUUUUGUGGCCAAUGUAAAAUUCAUCGUCAACCUAACACAACCUUCUCAGCAGCCUUUCUCCCCUGCGAUGGAAAUAAAGUGUUUAGGGCAGUGGGAGAAAAUUCUCCAGGUGAAUAGGGAAGGGUCUGGUCCAGCCUCUCCCUACUCCCAUCCCAUUUCCACCAACUGGGGAGCUGUGACUAUCUUCCCUGACCACUACCAGGGAUGCCUUCAUGCCAAGGCUGUUCUCACCAGCUGCCUCAGAUGACAAAUGAGGCUAAUGGACAAAAUCUACAGUGUCCUUUUUCACUUGCACCUUUUUUAUAAGAAUAUAUUGUAAUACUAAAAAAUAUUAAAUUCAUACCAUCCCUACCCA